CGCUUCAAGCGCUGGUUUCUAUAUGGUUUUACUUGCACAUUUGCGUGGGCUUAAUUGGGUUUAAAUAUGAAGCAACAUCUGUUAACUCUCGGCCACCAAAUUCAAACUUGCGUUUCUGUUGAGGAUUUUGACCUUGUCUUUCCAUGGUUUCGUUUUGACCUAUGAAACAAUCUAAUAUUUUAGAGCUUCCUAGGACAUUAGAAGAGGACAGACUUCAGUCCUUUGAGCUGGAAUUCAUGGGUCAUUGGUUUUAUGGCUUUCUUUUUCUAAAAGAACAUGUGUGAACUCUGUUCCUUAGGCAUGACGCACGUUUGGCACACAUGGAUAAUUGAAGUUCGCCAUAUUUUUGACAGAUGCUGCAGAUUCACGUACUUCUCCUUGAGAGACACUAUGAUUGAGAAUGUAUUCAUGUGCCGGCCACUUCAUGGGCUAUCCAAAAGUUCAACUCUUCCUUGGUCCUUCAUCCUUUGGCAAAACCCUCUAUUACGUUUCUCUUCUUCUGAGUCCAGUCCCCCACAAUCUCAACUGCGAAACCAAGAACAGGACUGUUCUAGUUCUUACUUUAUUGGGUCCCCUGCUCGGGUCCAGAAGCUCAUAGCCUCUCAAUCAGACCCCCUCCUUGCAAAAGAAAUCUUCGACUUUGCCUCUCGUCAACUGAAUUUCCGCCUCUCUUAUGCUUCCUUUCAAAUUUUAAUCCUCAAACUGGCCCGUGCAAAGCAGUUCACCCUCGUUGAUGAUGUUAUCAUUCGCCUUAAAUCCAGCUGUUACUCUAUCACUCCUUCUCUCUUUUUGAACCUCUUAAAAAUCUAUGCAGAUGCGGAUGUUCCUGAUAAAGCCCUUAAGACCUUCUACACUAUGCUUGAAUUCAACUGUAAGCCUUCGCCCAAACACCUAAACCGCAUUCUUGACGCACUCGUUUCUCACCGGAACUAUAUCCGCCCAGCUUUUGAUCUCUUCAAGAAUGCUCAUAGACACGGGGUCUUGCCAAACACUAAGUCAUACAACAUUUUAAUGCGCGCCUUUUGUUUGAAUGGUGAUCUUUGUAUUGCCUACUCUUUGUUUAAUCAGAUGUUUAAGAGAGACCUACUUCCAGAUGUGGAGUCGUAUAGAAUUUUGAUGCAGGGGUUGUGCAGGAAAAGUCAAGUUAAUACAGCAGUUGACUUGUUGGAGGAUAUGCUGAAUAAGGGCUUUGUCCCUGAUGCCUUGAGUUAUACUACCUUGUUGAAUGCUUUAUGCAGGAAGAAGAAGCUUAGGGAGGCCUACAAGCUUCUUUGUAGGAUGAAAGUCAAGGGCUGCAACCCUGAUAUUGUACAUUACAAUACAGUUAUAUUAGGGUUUUGCAGGGAAGGGCGUGCAGCUGAUGCUUGUAAAAUACUUGAAGACAUGCCAUCAAAUGGCUGCAUGCCAAAUUUGGUGUCUUACCGGACAUUGGUUGGUGGGUUAUGUGAUCAAGGAAUGCAUGAUGAGGCAAAGACAUAUGUGGAGGAAAUGGUAUCAAAGGGUUUUUCUCCCCAUGUUUCAGUUUCCCAUGGCUUGAUUAGAGGCUUCUGCAAUGUUGGUAAGAUUGAAGAAGCUUGUGGAGUAGUUGAGCUGCUACUAAAGAAUGGGGAAGCACCUCACAGCGAUUCCUGGCUCAUAAUUUUAGACAUGAUAUGUGAGGAAGAUGAUAAGGUGAGAACCCAAAAUUCUUUACAAGACAUUUUGAAGAUGGAGAUAACACGCCACACAAGAAUAGUUGAUGCUGCUGCCUACUUGGAGGGAUAUGUGAUUGGGAAGAUACGAGCUAAAUCAAGGAGACAGUGAAUGCUCUGGUAAAUCAUCCAUCAAUCUAUGGAUGAGAUGAUAUCUGGUGGAACCAUAUUCUUUCAAAGGAAUGAACGUGAUCCCAUGGUCAUUAUUUACUGUUUUGAGCUGUUUUACGUGCCUCUUUCCAGUGUUAUUCUGCUGUCCUGAAGUGGUCCUGUUGUCCUUCUUUUUCCAUUAGAACACUCUAAAUUACUAACAAUCAUUAAAGUUCAGUUCCAGAAUUUGGUUAGUAAAGUAAAUGAUAGAGGCCAAAUUAGCACUGCUGAUUAGACAGCUCUCCAUUUUAUUUGGCCAAGCUCGCUGUCAAGAUUUUUUUUCCUGGUAGAACAGGCAGGCGAUGUUUUCAGAACUAGACUGGAAUGGCCAGUUCAAACAGGUGAAAGAUGAAUGUUAAGGUUAAAUCCCAUGCUCUCUAGGAAGUUGCCAAAGGUGCCUCAUCAAUCCAAUUCAUCCCCUGAUCGAACACGAGACUAAUCAUCUACAUUCUUGCCAUUAAUUUGGACAGAGACAGGCAGGUGAGGCAGUGACCGGUUUACAUGUGGUGCUCCACACCGUGGUGAACAAGUUGCUUCACAUUUAGAGAGAUUGUUGGCGACUCUUCUGCAUAUUGGAACCAUGCUGAGAGAUUGACCCUCGAACAUGCUCAAGAUGGCAAGAUAUUUCAAGCAGAACUGAUGGCUCGUUGGAAUGUGUUUUUUUGAUGGUUUUUAUAAGUUCCGGGAUGGGAAGUAUCCAAUGUUGGUGCAGGCGAAGCCAUAGCCAUGCAAGUCAGGGUGGAAUAAGGCAAAUUUUUUGGUAUGGCACAGAACGAGGUUUUAUCAAAAGGAAUAUUGUAAAUUAACA